AUGUCAACAAAGUGCACUUACCUUUUCGGUCAAAGGUCUAUAAGUAACUCCAGAGUUAAGCGUGCUUGGGCUGGAGUAGUUGAAGGAUGGGUGACCUUCCGGGAAGUGGUUUCCGAAACCGUCUCCAGUUCGCCACCGACAACAUUCUCCGGCUGGAAUACCUCUGACUCCGACCCAGUGGGAUGGCCUUACAUCAGGUGUUCCUCCUCAUACAAACCUGUUACAAUGACCAAUGUCGUCUCUGUUCAGAUGGCUUUACCUUUCCCUUUUAACAUCUCUUCGUUUAGCUCACUUUAG